AUGUACCUGCCACGUCUGGUGGAGCAUGCACAGAAGCCGUCGGCGUUGACUAGUGCAGCAGCGGCGGUAUCCGCCACCACUGCAGAGGCGCUCCACAAGCUAGAGGAACAGAACAUGAAGCUCGGUGUCUUGCUCAUGGGCACCUCAGUCAUUCUAAGCAUUGGUUUGUCAACUUUCUUAUCGAAUAAGGUCGGGCCCAUGUGGUCAGUAUCGGUUGUGGGGACGUUGGUCGGUGUGUUCGUAACAUUGUUGGGAUUUGCUUCCCACGACGAAUUGCUCCGUGAUGUGUCGUAUCUAAACGAGAAUGUGUUUCUAACGAUUCUAUUACCGCCAAUAGUCUUUGCGAGUGGCUUCAUGAUAAUGGAGACGAAGGCAGAACGUUGUAUGAAGCGGCUGGGGUCAAUCCUAUGGUUUGCCUUUUUCGGCACCUUUUUGGCCUUUUGCUUGAAUUUCUUAGUCUUAUAUUUACCUGGAUUGGUAUAUAUGAGUGUGUCGUUAACGCUACGUCAAUCGAUGGCUGUCGCGACCAUCCUUGCUGCGACGGAUUUGGUUGCCGUAUUGCCUCUCUUUCGGCUCUAUCCGCUUCCGCCUUUGGUGGAUGCGAUUGUGGUAGGUGAGACCAUGUUCAACGACGUCGUGGCUCUGAGUUUAUACCGGCUGGUGGUAACCUGCCCGAGUGGACUGUGGCUAUCAGUUUUGAUGUUUCUGGCGACCGUUGGUAUCGGCUUAGCUUCGAUGGUAUUGGGCAUUGCACUAUCGUUCUUGUUUCCGUACUCCAUUAGGUUCAUUGAAUCAACCAAGACCGACAAUACGCAGGGCGUCAAUACGCAGGGCGUCAAUACCCAGGGCGUCAAUACCCAGGGCGUCGAUACCCAGGGCGUCGAUACCCAGGGCGUCGAUACCCAGGGCGCGGAUAGAGAACGACGAUUUGCGGCCACCACCGAUCUGGAAGACUCUCUCUCCACAGAGGAUGAAUGUGUGAACUCCGACUGUGUGGACUCCGAAUGUGUGGACUUGGAGUGUGUGGACUUGGAGUGUGCAAAGACCGGACAAGUAGGUGCCGCUUGCCGUAGGUCUGCGACCGAACCCCCAGUCUCCAGGUCCCCUGCUGCGAAACCUCACAGCUCUACCGAGUUCAAACUGAUUAUGGUUCUCUUGUCGCCAUGGAUUUCUUAUUUGGUCGGUGAGAUGAUCGGGAUGUCGGGAAUGGUUGUCUGUCUAUUCUGCGGAAUUGGAACGGCUCGCUACUCCAAAUUAAUCUAUGAAGCGGACCCAUGUACACAGUCGAUUUCUCCAAGACAGUCGAUUUCUCCAAGACAGUCGAUUCCUCCAAGACAGUCGUUCAUGACGAUGUGUAGAAGUGUGUUCAGGUGUGUGGCGCUGAUUGCUGAGGCAAUGAGUUAUAUCUUUCUCGGUGUGUCACUGUCAUUGGGCAGAACGUUGCUGAAACCUUUCCUGGACAUGAGGGCGGAAAUCGACAAGUCCCCUGCCAUACCGGACUGGAUUAAGCCUCUCGUCUCGUCCAUCUCGAUCUUCCAUCUAAUAUCUCUUCACGUAAUCAUAAUUGUAGGCGUGUCUGUAGUCCGUCUGAUCAGUGUCCUUGUGACUUCAAGCAUUGUGAACCGGCUGUACCAGAAUAGCCAGCAGGCCCCGUCUGAUCAGAACGAGAUAAGAGCACAUAGUGCACUAGUCUUUAGAGGUACGUCUGAACGGAUUUCAAUGCAACCAAGUUCAACGGGACGGAUUCCAACCCGCACUUUAUUUGGUGAAAUAGCCGUGGCUCCCCACGGGAUAGCCGUGGCUCCCCACGGGAUAGCCGUGGGUCCCCACGGGAUGAUCGACACCCAUCUCAGGAUCGGUGUUGAUCAUCCCGUGGGGAGCCUUGAGGGGGAUCAUUCCGACGUCGGUGCUUCUGAUGGCCGCUGUCUUGAGGUCGAACGGACGCCUUGCGCUGAAUAUAUACGUCCCCGGGAACAGCUAUUAAUCGCUUUCCUGUCUGCUCGUGGAGCUACAGCCGUGGCCUUGGCCUUAAAAGCAAAGGCUGAUUUGGGCGGAGGGGCAGCAGGAAGCGCUCUGGUAUCCGCGUGUCUGGUGUACACUCUGUUCACUGUCACAGUCAGCACGAUGGCACUCCCCAAAAUGCUCCCCUGGCUCACCAACCAGUCCUUUAAUAACACACCAAAUGGUGACCAACGAAUAAGUCCCACUGAUGUCAAUUCCAACCAGCCCACAACGCGAGUCCCGGAAAGCACCGUCUGGAACUCUUUCACCAAAACGGUACGAAAAAUUGACAAAUAUCUUAUACACCGAAUCCAGCGCUCGGUUUGGCCACUCGAUCGGUCAAUGCACACAAGUAUCUAA